CCCCGGCGCUGCCCGUCAUGGCGGCGGAGGUUUCUUAUGAGACCCCACUUGAUCCAAUAUGGCUUUGAUUAGCCAAAAAAGUUUCCAGUUUUAUUCAUCCUGCGCACCAGCAAGAAGGUCCAUUUUGAUGACGCUAAGCAAAAGGUUGAGUUUUAUCAGUGGGCAGCGAAAGCCCCAAAGCUGUAGCUCCGUAGCCAUGAGGAUGCUAUGUUUCAAAGAUAAAUCUCAGUAUAUGUUUUGUAGAAAAAAUCAUGUACAAUUGCGGAUACAGUCUCUUUCUGUUAAUGAAACUGUGCCCCUUUGUGCGGAUACUGGGAGCAGCACUAAACCUAAUAAUGUGUGGAUGGAUGAACAGCACUUUUUCCAAAAGUUGAACAGCCUUUCUACAUCAAAAGAGAUUUUUGACUUUCUCAGCUCUGUGGAAAUCAUGUCUGAUACUAUGGCAUCAGGAGCCCUGCAGAGGAUUUCUGAAGUUGAGAUGGAUGACAAUGGUCUGAAAAAUCCUGAAGGAGUGUUAGAGAAUGAAGUUUUCAGGGCAUUAUGCUUCCAUUUUGAAUUUGAAUCCUCAAAACUGUCAAACACUGGGCUGCUGAAUGCAUUGCAGGCUUUGAUAAAACUGCGUAUAGAGCCACGGAGUAUGCUCAUGGUAAGCUUGCUUUCAGAGGCUGAGGAACGGCUUGGCAAAGGGCAGUUGACUGUUAAAAAUCUCUGUGCUCUUGGGGAGAGUUUGCUUGAGUUGGAAGGCCCAAGUUGUGUGACACUGGAACAGAUUGUGAACCACAUGCAAGAAAAAGACAUGGAGAUGUGGACUCCUCGGGAAAUAGUGAUGGUUUAUAAGAUGCUGCAGGGGACUGUUGGGGAAGGGAAACAAUACCAAGACUUGCUAAACAGGCUGAACAGUGUCACGUUAACCAUAGUUUCCCAGCUAAGCCCAAAGUUCACAAGCAUUAUACUGAAUUCACUGGUUGUCCUUCAUCAGACUCAGGCAGUUCCUUUAGUCACAGCACUGUGUAGGCAUUCUGUGAAGCAUAUACCAUAUUUCACAGGUGAUGAACUCAUAAAUGUACUGGAAGCCUUCCUAUACUUUGGACAUCGUGAACAAACGUUUACAGUGGCACUGGAAGCACAUGUUCCCAAGUCCAUCAUUACCAUGCAGCCUCAAACAGUCAGCAAAGUCAUGAAGUACUGCUCCCAAAAGAGGAUCCUUUCUAAGCCCAUUUUCGAUGCAGUGGCAGAAGAUUUCAUUGCUGAUGCUGACAGAUUUACCACUGAACAUAUUGCUGAGUGUAUUAUGCCAUUUGGGACAUUAAACUAUCUGCCUCCAAGUGCUUCUUCUUUGUUCAAGAAGCUUGAAAUGGUACUGCAUGCUCGCCUUCGUCACUUUCGGCCUCACACCUUGCUGAACUUGCUGCACUCGUGUGUCCUUAUUCAACGUUACCCAGUAAAUUUUUUGCCAAAAAUAUUUAGUCCCUAUUUUCUGCAUCAGCUUCAAGCUCAGCCACCUGGUUUGGACAGAACUGUUACCACCCAGCUAACCCAGCUUUUUCUGACUGUUACCCUGGAGUGCCCAUUUUAUGAGGGUCCCAAACUCCUUCCAAAGUAUCAAGUAAAGGCCUUUCCCACAUCUGACAGUUCUAUGGAUGUUCACCUUCUUAAAAGGGUGAAGGCUGGAUUACUUCAUUUACUGAAAAAAAGAAUGUAUUUUUCAUCAGAGGUAUCAACACCAUAUUUCUAUACACUUGAUAUUGAGAUUAAAUUAGAUGAAGAAGGUUUUGUACUGCCUGCUGCCCAAUGUGAAGAAGUACACAGACGAAUUGCCCUCUGUGUUGAUGGUCAAAAUAGAUUUUGCAUUAAUAGCCACAAUCUGUUGGGAGAAGAAGCCAUCAAACAGAGACAUCUUCAGUUACUUGGUUAUGAAGUUGUGCAGAUUCCAUUUUUUGAGAUAGAGAGUCUACAAAACUGCAGAAAAAUGGCAGAAUACCUACACAAAAAAAUCUUUUCUCAUACAUAUGGACUCAGCUGCUGACACUGAAGAAUAAUACUAAAUCACAGGUUGGCUUUCUCUGCUGUAGAUACUGUAAAUAUUGUGCAUGAAGAACAAUUCUGUUUUCUAAAAUAACUCCACCUAAGAUAAUUUGAGCUUCUGAAUAUGAGACCUUCCAAUAAGUGGAACAGUUGAUAUGUAAAGAGUAAUAAAG